AUGCGUGGAAGGAUGAACGAUAGUCCUGAUACACAACUUUCGAAAACAUUGUCAUAUUUAUUAAGACACGGGGCAGCAAAGGAAGGAUUAAAGAUGAGAUCGGAUGGGUUUGUAAAAAUAAAUGAUUUAUUAGCUCGCCCAAAGUUGAAAGGUGUAGAAUUAGGUGAUAUUGAACGCAUUGUUGGAAAAGAUUCAAAACAAAGAUAUGCCAUGAUUCGUGAACCACCGCCGGAUGGGUCCUCCUCAUCCGAAGACAUUGUUUACAUUCGAGCUAAUCAAGGUCAUUCAAUUCAGGUUCCCGAACUCGACCUGGUCCCCAUCAUUGAUCCUGAAGACAUACCAACGGUCGUUCAUGGUACUUACAUGAAGUUUUGGGAUACGAUUCUUCUCGAGGGACUUAAACCGAUGAAGCGGACUCACAUUCAUUUCGCAUCGGGCUUGAUUGAUCAACCGGGAGUGAUCAGUGGUAUGCGCGCGUCUCGUGAAAUAGAUAUCUACCUAGAUGUCACCAAGUGCAUUUCAGCUGGCAUUCUUUUCCAUCGAUCUAAAAACGGAGUUAUAUUAUCUCAAGGUUUACCAGAUUCUAAUUCCAUCCCUAGCACCUAUUUUCAAAAAGUGAUACAUACAUCUGGAAAAGUUCUUUACCCCACUGAAUCUUCGACGUGA